GUUUCGCACGCUCGGCCCGCGCCCGCCACCCGCGAGGAGAGAACAGUGGGGGACCUUGCGCGGUGCCCGGGAGGGACCUGUGCCGGCCUCGGCUUCCAGGCGGGCAAGGCCCGAGCGGCGGGCGGCGAUGAUCCCCGAGGAGAGGACGGACGACCCGGGCUCCGGCGAGGAGAGUGCGCGGCUGCAACCGGCCGGCAGCGUUCGCGAGGGCUGUGACCCCCUGGCACAGACACUGCGUGGCCGCCUGCAGAGCCGCAGGGCCCAGGUCCACCAGCAGAUCAAUAAGGAGCUGCGGAUGCGGACAGGCGCGGAGAACCUGUACAGAGCCACCAGCAACGCCUGGGUCAGGGAGACAGUGGCCCUGGAGCUGAGCUACGUCAACUCCAGUCUGCAGCUGCUGAAGGAGGAGCUGGAGGAGCUCAACGGCAGUGCGGAGGUGGACCGGCCGGCGGGCGAAGGUGUCAGUGUCCCUAUGAUCCCCCUGGGGCUGAAGGAGACCAAGGAGCUGGACUGGUCCACACCCCUGAGGGAGCUGAUCUCUGGGCACUUUGGAGAGGACAGUGCCUCCUAUGAGGCCGAAAUCAGGGAGCUGGAGGACCUGCGGCAGGCCAUUCGGACCCCCAGCCGAGGCGAGGCAGGCCUGGAGCUGCUCAUGGCCUACUACAACCAGCUCUGUUUCCUGGACGCACGGUUCAUCGCCCCCACCAGGAACCUGGGGCUGCUGUUCCAGUGGUAUGACUCACUCACGGGAGUCCCGGCCCAGCAGCGGGCCCUGGCCUUUGAGAAGGGCAGCGUGCUUUUCAACAUCGGGGCCCUCUACACCCAGAUCGGGGCUCGCCAGGACCGCUCCUGCCCCGAGGGCACCAGGCGCGCCAUUGAAGCUUUUCAGAGGGCUGCUGGGGCCUUCAGCCUCCUGAGGGAGAACUUUUCCCGAGCACCCAGCCCCGACAUGAGCCCGGCCUCGCUCUCCAUGCUGGAACGACUCAUGACCGCCCAGGCCCAAGAAUGCAUCUUUGAGGGCCUCUUGCUGCCGUCCACCGAAGCCCCCCAGGGUUGCCUGGCCCAGCUGCGCCUGGCUCAGGAGGCUGCCCAGGUGGCAGCUGAGUACAGGCUGGUGCACCAGACCAUGGCCCAGCCACCCGUCCGCGACUACGUGCCCUUCCCCUGGACCACCCUGGUGCGUGUCAAGGCUGAGUACUUCCGCGCCCUGGCCCACUACCACGCGGCUGCGGUGCUCUGCGACAGCCCCUCAGCGGCCGAGGUGGACUGCCCAGCACUCUCACAGGCCUUCCUUGGGCUCCCAGCCACACCUGGGCCCCCGGGCGCCGCACCCCAGGAGCAGGAGGGGCGCAGGAUGCUCGAGCGUGUGCCGACUCGGUCCCACGCAGGCAAGGCCCACCUGAAGCGUGCCAUCCUGGGCCAAGAGGAGGCCCUGCGGCUGCACGCCGUGUGCCGUGCCCUGCGGAGCGUGGACCUCCUGCAGGCCGUGCUGGCCCAGGCCCUGCGGCGCUCACUGGCCAGGUACUCGGAGCUCGACCGAGAGGAUGACUUCUUGGAGGCCACGGAAGCUCCCGACAUCCCACCUAAAACACAGCAGAAGCCAGAGAUCAGGGCACCCAGCUUCUCCAGGGUGAAGGUGACCGAUAUCUUCCACCGGCUGGGGCCCCUGUCUGUGUUUUCAGCCAAGAACUGCUGGCGGCUGGUGGGGCCCGUCCACGUGACCCGGGGAGAGGCUGGCUUUGGCCUCACGUUGCGGGGAGAUGCGCCCGUCCUCAUCGCUGCUGUCAUCCCCGGGGGCCCGGCUGCGGCAGCUGGCCUGCGGGAGGGUGACUACAUCGUGUCCUUGAACGGGCGGCCGUGCAAGUGGUGGAAGCACGCGGAGGUGGUGGCGCAGCUGAAGGGCGUGGGCGACGAGGGUGCGAGCCUGCAGGUGGUCACGCUGCUGCCCAGGGCGGAGCCACCCAGCACGGGGGAGCACCGGCCAGCCCUGGGGGCGCUUCUGAGGGGCCAGAAGGAGUGUGGGCGGGGGCCGCCAGCUCCUGGGCGAGCCAGCCCCAGGCCCCUCCUUGGCUGGAGCCGCAAGGCCAAGAGGGGCAAGACCAGAGGGAGGCUGUCCCCACACCCCUGAGCUGUGUGCCGCCCUCCCCCUCCUGCCCAGGGUGGUGGCGAGGGGCCAGCUCCCUCCACGGCCCUCUCCAUCCUGAAGGACUUUCGGGCCAGUUUGCUGCCCCACCUGGUGCCCGGAGCUGCCCAUUAAAGACCGAGUCAGAUGA